AUGGAUGAUGGAGCAGGCUCUCUGAUGACUGUGCAUCUUCUUGCCAAUUUGGGACACUCGUUGCUUCUGCAGCAAACCCUGGAUAGGCUUUUGGAGUGGAUCUGCCUGGAUAUUCGCCUUUUCCUGGUAUCUGAGCGAGUUACUCCAUUGAAAUACUCAUUGAAAUACUAUGGCAGAUAUCAUAAGAGAAGCUUCAGCUUUCCUGGAAUAUCUGUUCUCCUUUUUCUACAUGAAGAUUUGGGAGAAGAACGGAUUUUCCAGGUCCAUGAGCAACUCCAGCGUCCACCCUGGCGCUACCAGUGUGCCCAGAUUGCUAAUGGGCAAAGCCACCUCUAUGCAUCAGCUCACCAGGACUUCUAUGGCCUGGACGACCAGAUGCCUGUGUGGGGCAUCAGGCGAGUGCACUGUGGCCCCGAGAUCCUGCGUGUGACCCUCUACUGCAGUUUCGAUAACUAUGAGGAUGCAGUGAGACUCUAUGAGAUGAUCCUGCAGAAAGAAGCAACUAUGCAGAAAAGUAACUUCUGUGUCUUUGUGUUGUACGCAACCCAAAAUAUUGCUGUGCAGCUCUGCUUGAAGCAGCUGCCCAUUGGGGUGGCUGCAGAGCCGAAGGAGUCAUCAGCCUUGCAGUUCAAGGUGCAAGAAAUUGGGCAGCUGGUGCCUCUCCUGCCUAACCCAUGUAUUCCUAUCAGUAGCACCAGGUGGCAAACACAAGACUACGAAGGAAAUACAAUUUUGCUUCAGGUUCAAGGCAGCUCCAAGCCCCCUGAAACAAAUGUUGGGCUUUCCCAUCAGCAUAAUAAUGCACACAAUGAAAAAAUCCUGCAGGACUCUGUCCCAGCCCCUCUCCCUGUUGAGCGGGGUAAUCCUGGGCAGAUAAGCCAGGUCAGAGCCAUACAAGGUAAAACAAAACCCGACCAAAGCAGAGCCCUUAGCCCUGAGCAAGCCAGCGGUGACCUCCACAGGCACUUCUGCUCUUCCCACAUUGGUCCAGCAGCCCGGUGGUGGUGGGAUGCCACCUCCCUUCACAGGCAGGCGAGCAGCAAGCUGCAGGCUUCUCUCCAGGAGAGCCGUGUUCCUUGGCAGGCAGCGGAGACCAACGUCGACACUGGGCUCGCCGUGGCAAAUCCCGCGGGCGGCCCCUGCCCCCCGGACACCAAAAAACGGAGCAGCCUCCUCCAGCUGCGAGCCUCCCCGGGUGGGGCUGGCAGCGCUGUGCCCUCCCAGGACAGGGCCCAGCUGCUGUUUGCUGCAGCCAGAAGGAGUAAAGGAGCAGGGCAAAGAGCUUCGGGCUUCCAGUCGCGAACACUGCGGGCCAGCCCUACAAACAGAGCGGAGGAUGAGGAGGAGGAAUUCUUCAUAUGA